UAAAUCGUUUCUUUUUUUUUGUGGGUGUGGGGGGUGGGGGGGUUUGCAAUCCAGCGCUAGGAAUACUCCCCGAUUUCCCCCCCCCCUUUUCGCUGCGCGCAGGGAACCCACUUCUUUUCCCAAACCCCUUUGGGUGAAAGGCAAUCAUGUCCCUGUUCCCGUUCCUGGUGGUUCUGUGUCUCAGUCCGUGUGCAGUGCGGGGCAGCGCGAAACCAGCUCAGCAAAGGGUUGUCCGGGUUGGAGCCUUUUCCUGGAAUAACUGCGGCGGUGGGAAGGAUCCUGGUACAAUUGCGUAUCUUUCCAUUCGUCCCGAUCCGGUUAAUAUUCCAGGGGUUCUUCGAGUCAGUGCCAUGGCAUCGACCUCCGUUAUCCUCUCGACCCCCCUGAAGGUCAACGUAACGUUGCAGAAGGAAGUGGCUGGAACUUGGGUGAAGAUUCCGUGCGUGGAGCAGAUCGGAAGCUGCACUUACGAAGACGUCUGUCGUCUGCUCUACCUGGCGAUCCCCCCCGGACAGAGCUGUCCUGAGCCGCUGGCGACCUAUGGAAUUCCAUGUCACUGCCCUUUCCAAACAGGCAGCUAUACUCUACCCGAAACAAGCUUUGACAUCCCCAACUUGGAUGUCCCUUACUGGCUAACCAACGGCGACUACAAGGGCAAAGCAGUGAUGAGCAGCGGCAACCGAGAGCUGGCAUGUGUCGAGCUCUCCUUCUCUUUCAAAACCACAUGACGUUCAGUCGUUGUAUUAAACACCAAAAUGUACAGCUUUUGAAUUGAAAGUAAAUGCGAAGCGUUCAUUCGUU